AUGUUAUCAAGAAUUUGGGCCACUUGGGAUGAUAAUGAGAAGACAUUGUUCAGAGAAAUAUACGGCGACCUAGUAGAGCUGCUCAGAGUUCCAAUAGACGAAGUGGUUGUUCGAGCCCUGGCCGAGUGUUGGAAUCCAGCUUACAGGUGUUUCACAUUCGGUAAAGUAGAUAUGACCCCUACCUUGGAGGAGUAUACGGCUUUACUGAAUAUCCCGAAUAUCAGAAGACAUUCUAUUUACACCAAGGCGAUCCGACCUAAGGGAUUCAUUACCAAGAUGAUCACGUUGACCGGGAAGACCAAGAAUGAGGAUCACUUCGACAUCGCUUUGAUUGAUUUUGUCGAAGCUAUUUCCAGAAAGAAUCCCGCACCAACCAUCCUUGCGGAAACAUUCUUGUCACUCAACCAGUGUAGACGAUUGCGGGGAGGUCAGUUCACCGGAUGUGCCUCAUUGUUACUAGUUUGGUGGUGGAGCCACUCCUGGAUAGUCGAGAAAAGUUGGGCUCGGAGACAUCAAUCGAAUUUUUCGCCUCUAGUGGACUUCCUAAGCAAGUGUCAAAUACCAGAGCAUCGCAAGAGGAAGGAAUGGGUUGAUGCUCUCCGUAACAUAAAAGAUACUGAGAUAGUAUGGAAGGCUUACUGGUUACCCAAAGAAGACAUACUUUUCAGAUGCGACAAUGAUAGUUUUGUAAUGCUACACGGGUUAUGGGGAGCGAUCGGGUAUACUCCGCUAAUUGCACUCAGACAGUUCAGUACCCGACAGUUUGUACCCGCUACCCACAGCCUGAAGGAGGCAGAGUUUUCUUUCUCCACUCCAGGUUACCGAGAGCGGAUUUCAAAGAUUUAUACAGCUUGGCAGAAACCUCACUGCAUGAGCUUCAAGAUAAUAGAGCUUGUAUUCACGCCGGCCUACGAGGUUUGGAGGUUGCAAAUGAUUAAUAACAACACGCCGAAGCCAAAUUUAGAAGAUGAGCUGACUAUGGAGGAGCGAUUAAAGAGGCUCCCAAUAGAGGCUGAAUUGUUAAGAGAGGAAAUGCAACUGAUAAAUAUGGAGAGAGAAAAGAAAAUAAAAAGUUCUCAGAUGAGAAGACAAUGUGGGAGCUCGAGUUGUUUAAGAAAGAUGGAGUGA